AUAAGCAGCCUGGCCGAGAAGAUGACUUCCAUCUCUACAAAAAAAUGGCUUCCGAAUCUUACCCUCCUCCAUUUCGUUCACUCAACAAUUCGACCCAGAUCGUAGAUUCGGAUGAAAAAGCCUACCCGGUUCAUGAUUUGGAGGAUCCGAUACCCCUGUUGGAUCUCCAGAGCCUGAAACUUGGCAAGCAGCUUGGUGAGGCCUGUGAGCAAUGGGGCAUUUUUCGUUUGGUAAACCAUGGGGUUCCUCCAACCCUUUUGAGCCAACUUCGAGACCAUGCGGAAACGUUUUUUUCUCUGCCUUUUGAAUCCAAACAGAGCCUAAUCACCAGGCCUCUGUCCUACUUCUGGGGCACCCCUGCCCUUACUCCAUCUGGGGCAGCCUUACACAGAAAGGGUAGUACUCUGGAGAAUAUCAAUUUGGUUGAAGGGUUCAACGUGCCCAUAGCUCAACUCAAUCAAUUUCAAGCUGAUAAUCACAUAGUUGCUUCUUUCAGCCUUGUGCUAGAAGAAUAUGGAAAGCACCUAGCUAGAAUUGCCACAACUAUAUUUGAAGCUAUGUUAAAGAACCUUGGUUUGGAUCCAAUAGAAUCGAAGUCCAAUUUAUCACAUUCUACUGGCUCUGUACGUGUCUACCGUUACCCACGUUGCUCCAACUCUAACUCUGCAUGGGGUUUGGACGUCCACACUGACAGCUCUGUGGUCUCGAUCUUGAACCAAGAUGACGUCGGUGGACUUGAAGUUCUCAAAGACAAAGACUGGUUUACUGUUAAGCCAAUUCCCAACACUCUAAUUAUCAACCUUGGAGAUAUGAUGCAGGCAAUAAGCGAUGACAAAUACAAGAGUGUGACACACAGAGUGAAGGUGAACAAAAACAAAGAGCGAAUUUCAAUCUGCUACUUUGUGUUCCCGGGUGAAGGCAGUGUGAUUCGGAGCUCAAAGUACAAGCCUUUUACUUACAGUGAUUUUCAAGAGCAAGUGCAGCAAGACAUAAAAACUGUUGGGUAUAAGGUUGGGCUUGAGAAGUUCAAGAUUAGUGAAGCUGUUUAAGUGAUGAUGCUAACGGGCUCAAUAAUAUGUCUGUGGGCUAUGCACAAAAACAAAAUGUUCGUGUGCCCUACGAACACCACUUUUUUCCCCUUUUGUUUUUUACUUUUGAUAUAAUCUAAAAUGUUUUUUUUUUCAUC